GGAGAAAUCUCGGUUCAUCGUUUGAUUCAUACAGGUAAUUUAGUUGAAAAAUCGUAAUACAAUUCUUUUGCUAAUUCCAAUUUCUAUACACAUUUGGACAAAUUUGAAAGGGUCAGUGUCGAAUCCCUACUCUAUGAUGUAGCCAAGCCCCCGCGCUUUUCUAUUCAUCGCUCCCAAAUUCCGAGGUGUUUCGAUUCGAAUUGCUGGUUCCUUUUGUUUUCACGAAAUUUGGUUCACGAUUUUUGAUCGCCGUACGAUUCUUUGUUCUUCCAUUACCCUAAUCGCGUCCGGUGAUAGCGGCAAUGGCGCUUCUUAGAUUUUUCCUUCUACUUCGUCGGCUUCGUUUCCUUUGAAUCCUAAAAGUAUACCCGACUUUCCGCCUGUUUCAUGGCUGUAUUUCUUCAUUCGCUGUGGUAGUCAACAUUUACGGCCUCUUUCUUCAACUCGUUCGCUUUCUGGCGAGGGGUCUUUGGUGGGUCUGCGCUCGUGCUUCUUGUGGGGGCUUUUUUCCUUCUUCGGCGGGUCCGAUUUUGCUGAGAGGUUCAUGGAUUCUCUAGCAUAAUGGGAAGCAUGAAAGAUAGUAAAAUUCUGUACAGUUCUUACUUUCCCAGGCCGUGUUCUUCACCCUGUUUGAUUUCUCAGGUCUAAGAUUGUUCUAUUUGAGUUAUCUGUUUGGAUCUUAGCAAUGGAUUCGAGAGGAAACGAGGAUAAAUCUCUGAACUCAAAGGAUGCUAGUAUGGGAAGCAUUAGCAGCAAAGAUAUGAUAUUUAGAGCAGAUAAGAUUGAUUUGAAAAACCUGGAUAUGCAGCUGGAAAAGCACUUGAGCCGUGUUUGGUCGAAGAGCGUUGGCGUUGAGACACAAAAGCCUAAGGAGGAGUGGGAGAUUGAUUUGUCUAAACUCGAUAUUCGAUAUGUCGUCGCUCACGGGACUUACGGGACGGUGUUCAGGGGUACAUAUGACAAUCAAGAUGUCGCUGUGAAGCUAUUGGACUGGGGGGAGGAUGGUCUUGCCACAUCUGCUGAAACUGCUGCUUUGCGUGCAUCGUUUCAGCAAGAGGUUGCUGUCUGGCACAAGCUUGAUCAUCCUAAUGUUACAAAAUUUGUUGGAGCUUCAAUGGGAGCUACAAAUCUUAAGAUUCCUUCAAAUGGCUCUUCGAUGGAUGGUCAAAAUUCCCUUCCAUCUAGAGCCUGCUGUGUUGUUGUUGAGUAUCUUCCUGGUGGGACAUUAAAACAAUACUUGAUAAGGAACAGGAAAAAGAAACUUGCCUUUAAGGUUGUGAUUCAAAUAGCUUUGCAUCUCUCCAGAGGGCUUAGCUAUCUACACUCCAAGAAGAUUGUACACCGUGAUGUCAAAACUGAAAAUAUGUUGUUAGAUAGUCAAAGAACUCUCAAAAUUGCUGAUUUUGGGGUUGCCCGUGUCGAAGCUCAGAAUCCAAGAGACAUGACUGGGGAAACUGGUACUCUUGGAUACAUGGCCCCAGAGGUUCUUGAUGGGAAGCCGUACAAUAGAAGAUGUGAUGUCUACAGCUUUGGCAUCUGCUUAUGGGAAAUUUACUGUUGUGAUAUGCCAUACCCCGAUCUUAGUUUUGCUGAUGUCUCAUCUGCUGUUGUUCGACAGAACCUACGACCUGAUAUCCCAAAGUGCUGUCCUAGUUCUCUGGCUAAUGUGAUGAAGAAAUGCUGGGAUGGCAACCCGUCCAAACGCCCUGAAAUGGACGAGGUUGUCAAAAUGUUGGAAGCCAUUGAUACAAGUAAAGGAGGUGGGAUGGUUUCUGAUGACCAAGUCUCUAGGUGCUUCUGUUUCGGCUCGCCCCGCGGUCCGUGAUUCGUUCAUACUCUCAUCAAUUGAAUGAUGUAGAAAUAAAGCAGAGUCAAAACUAGGUGGUUUUUGUUUACUUUUGCGCAUUUGUGAUGUGAUAAUAUUUCCUUGUAGCUGCUGAAAACUGCUCUCUCAUAUUGUGACUGCAGUUACCAAGCUUUCUUUGCCUUCAGGACUUGUCAAUGAAGCGUUCUCUUCCCAAUAGUUUUUAUUUAUUCAUCUGAGAAUCUGGUCGUUUUAAACUAGUAUGGUGUAGAUUGUAUAGAACAAACACAGCCCAAUUCAUUUGUUUAUUGAAGCAUUAGUGUCCCAGGAA